UUGGACUUAAAACGUCCGACUGCACCCAAAUAUUUCCCUUGAUACGACACCGUUCCGUUGCUUAAAACUUGUAUUUGUAGCAGCCAACCAGGUUAGUAAGGAGACCGGCUUCGAACCGUCGACUCGUCGUUAGAGAAGAAGAAACGAAAGCUGCUGCCGGAGGCCAUGGCGGGGUCUGGGAGUUCCAUGCUUUACUCAUUUCUUCUAUUCAUUGUCAUUCUUUCGCUUCAAGAGAUGUAUAGAGGAAAGUUGGCUUCAUCGGAGUUGUUUACCAUACUCGGAGGAUUUGUCAGUUCUCUUCUGUUUCUGGUGCUUCUAACAUUUAUAGGAAACUUCCAGGAAACAAGUGGCGUGCGAACUGGAUGGGGAGCUGUCAUCGUAGCAGAAGCAGUUGCAUUGAUUGCUGCAAGCACUGUUCAUAGAGUUUGCAUCACAACAUGUUUCUUGUUCUCCGCUGGACUGCUGUAUGAGUUGAACAAGCUUUCGGGUGCGACACUUUCUAAAUCUGAAUCUAGAGUCAAAAGACACUGAGAUGGAAACUUAGCUCGUCAGACCGAAACUAUGUCGUUUUUUGAGAUUUUCCUUUUACUCCUACCUCCUGCAGGAUGACUGCACCUUAUGGUGUUUGAUUAGUUGUGUUUUUGUUUAUGUUUUCGUUUUUGUCUUUGGAGAGGAGCGGCUGUGGGAACAAUUUUUACAUUCAUAGCUAUUAUAACAUUAACAGUGUUAGCUAUUUCCUGUCGUCUAUUAUUAAUCUAGAACUCUUUUCAAAA